AUGACAGGUGGCGAUUCCACAAAGUCAACCCAUCAUGUCUGGACACCUGAGGAAGACUCUCUUCUUGUGCAAUCCUUGCUUCAGCUUCGUGAUGAUGGGACCUUGGUUGCAGAUAAUGGGUUUAAGGCUGGAGGUUUAAAGAAGUUGCAAAGAAUGAUAGAGGAGAAGUCACCUGGAUGUGGGAUACUAGCUGUACCUCACAUUCAAUCUCGUUUGAAGACCUUGAAGACUAGUUGGCAGGUCAUAUAUGAUAUGUUAUAUGGCUCAAACACAUCUGGAUUUGGUUGGGACCCUGACAAACAAUGUGUUACAGCAGACAAGGAAGUGUGGGAUGAGUAUGUUAAGAGCCAUAAAAAAGCUGCUCAUUUCAAGAACAAACCCUUUCCUCUCUUUGAUGCACUAUGCUCUAUAUUUGGAAAAGAUAGAGCUGUAGGAAAAGGGUCACUUUCAAGCAAUGAUGUGCAUGAGGUUGAAGCUUAUACAGAGUUUGAUACAAUAGCUGCUAAUGUUGAUGAAGAUACUGUGGAUAUUGGACUAGAGAUGGAUCCAUCAAUUACAUUCUCUGACCAUCCAUCAGAAAACACAAAUGUUGGCACUUCUAAGUCUAAGAAAAGGAAAAGAACUAGUCAAGAUCGUGAUGAGUUUUUGACUGAGGCACUUAAAGAGAUGUUAGCAGCUACUUCCCAAGACAUCAAGGAUUCCUCUGCCCAAUUAGGAGCUCGUUUAGACAAGUUGGCUCGAGAAGCAAUGUUAGAUGCACGAAGAGAGGCUCUAUAUGAUGAGUUGUUGAAGGUUGAAGAUCUUACUGACAAUGAGCGCACUGAUGCAUAUCUUAAAAUGAUAGGUGAUGAUAAAAUUCUUGUUGGAUUUCCUAACCUACCAGAUAAGGCUAAGGCAGCUGUGGUUCGCAAAAUACUUUAUGCAUAA